ACGGGACUUAAAAAACAAACGCGUUGGGCGCUGCUUAAUUGUUAUUGCUUUAAAGCCAGUUUUGUGGACUGUGUUCUAUGACUGCAAAGAUGGAACCUACAUUCUAUGAUGAUGCCCUAAAUGCUACCUUUGUACAGCCAGAAAGUGGUGGUUAUGGAUAUAAUAAUCCUAAAGUCCUGAAGCAGAAUAUGACUCUAAAUCUGGCUGAUCCUUCAAGCAACCUCAAGCCCCACCUGAGGAACAAGAAUGCUGAUAUUCUUACCUCCCCAGAUGUUGGUCUCCUCAAGCUGGCAUCUCCUGAACUGGAAAGGCUCAUCAUCCAGUCCAGCAAUGGCUUGAUCACCACCACUCCCACCCCAACACAGUUUCUCUGUCCCAAAAAUGUUACUGAUGAGCAAGAAGGGUUUGCUGAAGGCUUUGUGAGGGCACUGGCAGAGCUACACAACCAGAAUACGAUGCCCAGUGUUACAUCUGCUGCCCAGCCCGUUAACAGUGGUAUGACACCUGUUUCUUCUAUGGCUGGCAACAAUGGUUUCAACACCACUUUGCACAGCGAGCCUCCAGUGUAUGCCAAUCUCAGCAACUUUAACCCAAGUGCACUCAGCACAGCACCUAACUACAAUGCAAAUAACAUGGGCUAUCCACCUCAGCAUCAUAUUAAUCCUCCGAUGCCAGUGCAGCAUCCCAGGCUGCAAGCUUUGAAAGAGGAGCCCCAGACUGUACCUGAAAUGCCAGGGGAGACUCCUCCACUGUCCCCCAUUGAUAUGGAGUCACAGGAGAGGAUCAAGGCUGAGAGGAAGCGCAUGAGAAACAGAAUUGCAGCCUCCAAAUGCCGGAAAAGGAAGUUGGAAAGGAUUGCCAGAUUGGAAGAAAAAGUGAAAACUUUGAAAGCCCAGAACUCAGAACUGGCAUCCACUGCCAACAUGCUCAGAGAACAGGUUGCACAGCUUAAGCAGAAGGUCAUGAACCAUGUCAACAGUGGAUGCCAGCUAAUGCUAACACAACAGUUGCAAACAUUUUGAAGAGACUGACUUGGGAAAAAAAGAACUAUGAUGUUGCGGUAGAGCAACAGAAAAAACAAACCCAUAACAAGUGGCAGAUACAUAAAGCUAAUGGUUAAGGCUGAGAGGCAUUGAGUCCUGCUUGCACCCCACAAAGCACAUGUGUGGAAAGACUGGCGAGCAUUCAAUUGAGCUAUUGGCAAAGCAGCACCACUCUGAGAAGUGCUGUUCCUGCUCAGAUGAUACAUCAGAUCUUUGUUUAAUAUUGACCAAGACCUGCAUGGACCUAACAUUCGAUGAUCAUUCAGUAUUAAAGGUUAAACUGCAAUAGAGACUGUAGGUUGCUUUCUGUAAUACUCUUAAAGAAAACACAACUGGGAGGGAGGUUUGUGGGAGGCUGAUAAACUGAACUAUACUGCCUGCCUUCAAGUAAAUUGUGUAUGUACAUUUUUUUUUUAUUUUAUGAAAGCUGAUUAAUGUCAAUAAACUACUUCAUGACUUUGUAAAUUA